AUGUCUACACGUCGAAUGCACCUGGGGUCUGCUGUAAUAUGUGACUGCUUGUACGCACUAGGCGGAGAAAAAGGAGAAGGCGGCCGACUGAAAUCAGUCGAGAAAUACGACCCUCGCAGAAAUGAUUGGAUUUCAGUAGCUGCUAUGACCAAAAGACGAUCUUAUGUAAAAGUGGAAGUUCUCAACGGAAAGAUAUACGCUAUCGGUGGAUUUGACGGCCGCACCUAUCAUAGAUCCGUUGAGGUUUUUCAUCCUCAUGGGAAUCAAUGGAUAAUUCGCACUUACAAGGAGGAG